AUGAUGUCCAAGAAGAUGUCUUUGACUCCCCUCCCUGCUGAAAAGUUCCCGGAGUUCAAUGGAUAUGCGGUGUUUAUGAAUGAGCAUUUGGCAAGGCUGCCGGAGUCAGCUCUGACAGAAGCACCUUUGAGCUUACGCUGCAAAUGGGAUGGGUUCACCGACUCCGAAAAGAAGGCCUACGAGGACAGGGUUCCCACAGGUCCAGUGGUUCGGGUACGCGCCGCCGCCCCGUCCCGUCGUCUCUGGCAAGCGAUUUCUGAGGGCUGCAAGCGCCAGAAAGUUUCAGACACUCGGAAAGCGACAGGUGUUUGUGGUGGGGCUUAA